AUGUCAGGCCUGGAAGUGAUCGGCGGCAUCUCUGCUGUCAUAUCCAUAAUCGACGCCUCGGUUAAGAUCUACGACAGUGCUCGGAAGGACAUUAAGUUGUCUAAGACAUUUGACACCGUUGGACGGCGACUCCCUAUUAUCCUCGAUACACUCAACACAUGCAAGAGCAAUCUAGAACUGAGCAAAGACACCAUGUCCGAGGAUGCCUGCAAAGCCUUGGAGAAGACUCUCGACGUCUGUGGUGAAAAGGCCCGAAAUUUGAGAGAAAUAUUUGAAAGGACCAUGCCUGGUGAAAAGGAUACGUGGGAGAAACGAUACUUCAAGGUCGUUCGGAGACUCGGUAAAGGAAGCAAGGUCGAAGAUCUAAUGGUCGCGAUCACCGAAGACGUCCAACUCAUUGUCAACGAACAUGCCGUAAAUUCCGCCACACCGGAACAAAAAAUCAUGCUUGAAGAUAUUGUCAAUGAGAUGAAGUCUCUCCCAUCCUCAUUACCUGAGGAAAAAAGCUCGGCCAUGACUUUCGACAGUGGCGGCGGGGAGAUGACGGCCUACGUCCACAGGGGUAGUGGGACGCAGUAUAUCCUCAGCGGCAGUGGGAAGCAGUAUAAUGCUGAAACCCAAUAUAUUGCCAUCUCUCAGCAGAAACAAGAUUUUAGUUUUCGGGGAUCUGUUGGCUUCUGUAUCGGCCAAGUGCCUCAUAUCCCCUCGGAACUCUUCAUCGGCCGCACCUCCGAGUUUGAUAAGAUGGCAGAUAUUUUACGACCAGGUAACGAGUCUCCAAAGCAACGGCGCCUAGUUCUGGGCGGUAUGGGUGGUAUCGGAAAGACGCAGCUUGCCAUCGCUUACGCAGAACGCCAUCGUAAAUUCUAUGACUCGGUUUUCUGGUUUGAUGCAGCAUCCGAAGCUGCACUAAAAGACAGUUUUCAAUCGAUCGCCAACCUAGUCUUCGACAUACAGGAACCUGGGCUCCUUGAGGGUAAAGAAAUUGUGAUACGUGUACAUCAAUGGCUGUCUGACAAGAAAAAUAUUGGAUGGCUGUUGGUCUUUGAUAACUAUGAUGACCCCAGCCAGUUUAAGAUUGACCUCUAUUUCCCCCCCGCUUCUCAUGGGGCCAUUAUUGUCACCACACGACGCCCCGAUCUUGUCGCAGGAGGCGUUGUCCAGAUAAAGCCUUUUGAGAAUAUCGAAGAGAGCCUUGCAAUCCUCCAAACCAGAUCAAAACGAGAGAAUAUUCAAUCCGAUCCUCAUGCAGGGCGACUCGCGAAGCGACUCGGAGGCCUUCCUCUCGCUUUGGCUACCGCCGGGUGUUAUCUUCGACAGAGUCCCUUCACUUUCGAACGAUAUCUUCAGGAGUACGAGAAACGCUUCAAUAUUGAUCCCCGCCGCCCCGUCAAGCUCCAGGAGUAUCAGAAGCGCACACUCUACACGACCUGGGAUUUGUCGUACGAUCUCCUGAAAAAGGAGGAUCUGGACGCGGCAAACCUACUGAAAUUGUUAGCCUACUUCGGUAACCAGAGCCUUUGGUACGAGCUUUUCCAUGCGGGGCUUGCCGAUAAUUCUCCCGAGUGGCUACGGGAAGUGACCGCAGACGACGUUAACUUCGACGGAGUGAUGAGAAUCCUGACUGAAUACUCUUUUCUGGAGUUUCAGCCGACGUUAGGAUCAUGGAGUAUGCAUAACUGCGUUCACGACUGGACAGUAGCCGCGCUAAAUAAGGAUAUCGAUGCACAGCAUUAUUGGUACGCCUUUGACUGCAUUGAUGCAUCCCUGAAGGGGGUCGAAGUGGAUUCAUUUGGAUACGUCUCUUACUCCCGCUUGGCUGAUCAUGCAACACGGCUAGUGCAACAUCCGUUCCUCCAAAAUGAUAUGAUUUCCAGUUCUAUGCCUGAUCGACUCGGCUUGGUCUCACGCGUUUCACAGCUACUCAAAGACCAAAUUCGGUUUGUUGCAGCGGAGGAGAUGUACCAGCGAGCACUGGCAGGCUCCGAGAAGACACUGGGUCCAGACCACAUAUUCAUCCUCACGACAGUCAAUAACCUUGGGGGUCUCUACUCCGAUCAGGGAAAGCUGAAGGAGGCGGAGCAGAUGUACCAGCGAGCACUGACAGGCUACGAGAAGGCACUGGGUCCAGACCACACAUCCACUCUCGCGGCAGUCAAUAACCUUGGGAGUCUCUACUCCGAUCAGGGAAAGCUGAAGGAGGCGGAGCAGAUGUACCAGCGAGGACUGACAGGCUACGAGAAGGCACUGGGUCCAGAUCAAACAACCACCCUCACGACAGUCAACAACCUUGGGAAUCUCUACGCCGAUCAGGGAAAGCUAAAGGAGGCGGAGGGGAUGUACCAGCGAGCACUGGCAGGCAAGGAGAAGGCACUGGGUCCAGAUCACACAUCCACCCUCGACACAGUCAACGGCCUUGGGAGUCUCUACUCCGAUCAGGGAAAGCUAAAGGAGGCGGAGCAGAUGUACCAGCGAGCACUGGCAGGCAAGGAGAAGGCACUGGGUCCAGAUCACACAUCCACCCUCAACACAGUCAACAACCUUGGGAUUCUCUACAGAAAUCAGGGCAAGCUAAAGGAGGCGGAGCAGAUUUGCCUCCCCCGGGGGACGGCGACUUACUGGUCUCUGAACGACCCGGGGAGGAACUCCACCAUUGACCAAACGGUAACGAACGGACCAGACCUGCUUAUCAAAUGCCAUCUAUACCACGAAAACUACGGAUCAGACCACCGGGCCACGUACUCGGAAUGGAAUCUCCAAGCUCAGCGUAAGCCAACCGCUAAGGCAAGGAAGGCUUUUGACCGAGCGGAGUGGAAUAAGAUUGGCGAGGAGGUGGUACAGCAGAUCGGCCUAUGCAAAGAGAUCAAAACACGACCGGUACUAGACGAGAUGGUUCAAAAACUCACAGAGGCGACAGCGGGGGCCGUGGACCAGUUUACACCUAAUACACGCCCGACGCCAUACUCUAAAAGGUGGUUCACCCCAGACCUUAAGGUACAACAAACCAAGGUCAACCAGCUGCGCAGGAAAUGGCAGGAGAGCUGUGCCGAGCUUGGGCGAAAGCACUCCUCUUCUAUAGCCCUCUUCCGAGAGAUGCAACAAAGACGACGGGCAUGGACCCGGACUAUUGAGAAAGCUAAAGCAUCACACUGGAAACAAUUCCUAGAUGAGGCAGGGGAAGGGAAACUAUGGAAAGCUGCCACCUACAUGAAACCUCGAGAAGCCUGGGGGUGCAUCCCAGCGCUGCAGGUCGGCACCAACGAACUCACUGGGAAUGAAGAGAAGGCACAAGCUUUCCUAGACUCCUUCUUCCCCGAAACGAAUACUCCCCAGGAUAGUCCACCAACCUUGGCACCUUUAGAACUCCCAUGGCAACCCAUCACCGAGCUUGAAAUUCAACGUUCUCUCCAAGCCGCUAAAGGAACCACCGCACCGGGAGAUGACGACCUGCCAAUGCUCGUGUGGAAGCAGCUAUGGAAACACCUUAAGAGUAUCAUUACUAGGAUUUUCACCGCAUCCGUGUACCUAGGCUACCACCCGAAACGAUGGCGGAGUGCGAAGAUCGUGGUGCUACGGAAACCUGGGAAACCGAAUUACUCGAUCCCCGGAGCCUACCGCCCGAUCUCACUUCUUAAUACGCUAGGCAAGCUUCUCGAGGCAGUAGUAGCCCGACGACUUUCAUAUCUUGCAGAAAAGCAUGGUCUGCUUCCGGACACCCAAUUCGGUGGGCGUCCAGGAAGAACCACUGAACAAGCUCUCUUAGUGCUCUCUAACGCAAUCGACCGGGCGUGGUAUAAACAUAAAGUCGUAACUCUCAUCUCAUUCGACCUAAAAGGAGCCUUUAAUGGGGUCAACAGGACGAGCCUGGAUGCCUGCCUACGGGCUAGGAGGAUCCCCACGGUAGUGAGAAAGUGGAUCGCGAGCUUUAUGAGCGACCGCUACGCUAGCAUAGGAUUCGACGACUUUCGCACAGAGGUGGCACCGCUAGCGAACGCAGGACUCGCACAAGGAUCACCUCUCUCCCCUAUCCUAUUUGCUUUCUUCAACUCCGACCUAGUUGACCAACCCGUCACCAUCCACGGCGGCGCAUCGGCCUUCAUUGACGACUACUUCCGCUGGCGAGUAGGUCGCUCGGCCGAGGAGAAUCUAGCCAAGAUACAGUCCGAGGAUAUCCCCCGUAUCGAAGCAUGGGCUCGACGAACCGGGUCAUGCUUCGCAGCCGAGAAAACCGAGCUCAUCCACCUAACCAGAAAGAAAAGGGAACACCUACAGGGACAAGUCAUCGUGAAUGGGGCGGUCGUCCCGCCAUCGCCGACCGCCAAGCUGCUGGGCGUGAUCUUCGAUCAGGAGCUGCGGUGGAAAGAGCACGUACAACAAGCCAUCAAGCGCGCAACCAAAGUGACCAUCGCCUGUGGCGGGCUACGACACUUGCGCCCAGAACAGAUGCGACAGCUCUACCAAGCAUGUGUCACCCCAGUGGUGGACUAUGCCUCGUCGGUCUGGCAUGACCCGCUGCGGGACAAGACUCACCUCCGACAGUUGAAUAGCGUACAAAGGACCUCACUGAUCCGCAUUUUAUCGGCAUUCAGAACAGUUGCAACCACAACCUUGGAAGUGGAAGCACACGUUCUUCCCACCCACCUACGACUCCGCCACCGAGCCCAGAGGACCAUCGCUAACCUCCACACUCUACCGCGUGACCAUCCCAUCUGGAGCACGCUUGUACGAGCCCAGAAGCGUAGAAACAAUAUAGGGUCAUACGCUCGCUUCCCAUUGGCGGAAGCGUUGAAGACCAUGAGCCUCGAAAGGCUAGACGAAUUGGAAACCAUCGAUCCACGACCGUUACCACCGUGGCGUCUCGACCCCUUUGCUGAAAUUGAGAUCGGAACUGACCGAGAGACCGCGACACAAAAAGCCGAGGCUGUAGGCUCAACAUCCGACAUUAUCGUCUAUUCAGAUGCAUCUGGCCGACAGGACCACUUAGGUGCCGCUGUCGUGGCACUCGACGACAACCUAGAGGUCACAGAGGCCCAACAGAUCCAAGUGGGACCGAUGGACCGCUGGUCGGUCCACGUAGCGGAGCUUAUAGGCAUUUUCCACGCGAUAAGCACAGUCUUUAAGAUAGCCCACCAGCGAUCAGGAACGGCAGACAAACAAACAACAGCGACGAUCCUGUGUGAUAGCAGGUCAGCCUUACAGGCGAUCCAUACCGCGAGAAAUAAAUCAGGACAACGGAUCGUCCACGCGAUCCUUCAAGCGGCCACCGAGGUUCAAGCAGCGGGAAUUACGCUUCGCCUUCAAUGGAUACCAGGCCACUGUGAUAACCCCGGAAACGACGCCGCAGACCGAUUAGCUAAGGACGCCGCGUGCCCUGGCAAGACACAUCCCUUCCGCCCUCUACUCACCAGGGAACGGGCGCACAUCCGCAGCAACAUCUUAGCGCAGUGGGAGCAAGAGUGGAAGUCAUCCGCUAAGGGAGCUCAUUUGCGGAGUAUCGAUAAGACCCUACCGGCGAUCUACACCAGAAGGCUGUACGGAAACCUGCCUAGGAACCGAGCGUACCUACUGACACAAUUACGCACGGGCCACAACUGGUUGUCCACCUACGCCAAGACCUUCGGCUUCCGCGACGAUGAUCAGUGCGAGUGCGGCGCGCAGGAGACAGUCGUCCACGUGCUGGUGGACUGUCCAAGACUGAGGAAAUCGCGAAGGGACUUAAGGAGAGAAGUUGGGGACGCGUUUAACAGCGUGUCGAGUCUGCUGGGAGGCUCAAAAGAAGGUGAGGGAGGUAAUCCAGACACCGUCUCGAGGACUAGGACGGUCAACGCCGUGCUGGACUUCGCCGAGGCGUCACAACGGUUUCAAAGUCGCGCGCCACGAGGGUAG